AACUGCUCUAUGAUAGGUUUUUGUGACCCUUUCUCAGUAGAAUUCACCACUGAAAUAAAGAGAAAAGAAUGUGUACAAAUGCACAUGUACAUACAUUCAUAUGCAUAGACUAUGUCUCUAUACAGCUGUUCUUUCAUUUAUUGGUGAGAGCUAGGAAAAAUGGAGAAUUUGCCAUGGAUGCAUAACUCAUAAAUUUUAGGAUUAUUUUUAGAAUUUAGCACAGAUUUUCCCCUGUUGUUUAAAUGGCUCUCUAUACUUGUUAAUGUCUAUUUCGUUCUUAGUAUUUUCUAUUUCAAUUGAGUCUUUUUUUGAUAUUUAGUUGUUUAGAGAUUUUUUUUUUUACUUUUUAACCUAAUUGUGAUGAGACCUGAGAAUAUGGUCAGUAUGUUACAGUCCUACAAAACUUCUUGAGAUUAGGGUUAUUGCAUAACAUGUGAUCAAUUUGUGUAUGCGUUCAUAUGCAUUUCUAAAGAAUAUUAAUCUUUAAUUGUUCGUUGAAACAGUCCACUUAUACCAUGAGUUUGAGCUUGUUAAUGUGCUGUAUAAAUCUUCCACAUCUUUCCUAAAACUUUUAUCUACUUGAUCUCUUAAUGAUAGGAAAGAGGUAUUAAAAUUCUCUCAUUAAUGCAGUGAAUUUUCAGUUUCUUUUUGAGUUUUAUGUUUUUUCCGUCCCUAUUUUGAGGCUAGUUUACUAGAGUAUGGAAUUGAUCUGUCAUCUAGGUGCAUAAAAAUUUUUUGUCACUAUUUGGUGAGUUUCUUUAUAGUUUCUUUAUCUAUCUAUAGUUUCUUUAUCUAUCUAUCUAUCUAUCUAUCUAUAGUUUCUUUAUCUGUCUAUAGGCAAGAAAUGAUUCUUGCCUCGAGCAAUGUAGCUAUACCAGCUGCCACCUAGACCAUAUGUUUCUUGAAAUAUGUUUUGUAAUAUGUUGAAUGCCAAUAUUUUUGCAUACCAUAUUUUAGAUUUGAUUUCUGUGACCAAUAUAUGGAUAUUUAAGAAUGCUAUCAGACUAUGUUUAUUCUAUUUUUACGCUAUAUUAAAGCAACUCUUAUUAUGGUUCUAGUCAUGAGAAUUACUGCCCAUUUUUUAAAAUGUGGGCUUAAAAAAGCCCAUAACAGUGAAUUUAUCACAUUAACCAUUUUUAAGUGUACAGUUCAGUAGAAGUGUUAAAUAUCUUCACGUUGUUUUACAACAGAUCACUAGAACUUUUUUUAUCUUGUAUCACUGAAAUUCUUCACCAACUGAAUACUAAUUCCCCUCUUUCCUGCCCAGAGGCCUUGGCAAUAGCUUUUUACUUUCUGUUUCUAUCAAGUUGACUGUCUUAGAUACUUCAUAUGAGUAAAAUCUGACAAUAUUUGUUCUUUUGUGACUGGCUGACUCUUGCUUGGCAUAAUGUCCUCAAGUUUCAUUCAUGUUGUAGCACAUGACAUGAUUUCCUUCUUUUUAAAAGCUGCAUAGUAUUCUAAUAUAUGUAUAUGCCAUAUUUUCAUUAUCCAGUUAUCUGUUGUUGGAUAUUUGGGUUGCUUCCGCCUUUUGGUUAUGGGGAAUAAUGCUGCAGUGAACAUGGGUGUGCAAAUAUCUCUUUGAGAUUCUGCUUUUCAUUCUCUUUCAUUUCACUCAGAAGUGAGAUGGCUGGAUCACAUGAUAAUUCUACUUUUAAUUUUAUGAGUAAUCUUCAUACCGUUUCCACAUGACUGCACCAUCUUACAUUUACAUUAAUGUAACCCGGUGCACAAGUAUUCCAUUUCUCCAUAUCCUCACACCCACAUGUUAUGUUUUGUUUUUCUGAAUAAUAGCCAUACUAAUGCUAUAAGGUGAUAUCGCACUGUGGUUUUCAUUGGCAUUUGUCUUAUGAAUGGAGAUGUUGAACAUGUUUUUGUGUGCUUUUUGGCCAUCUGUAUAUCAUAUUUGGAGGACUGUUUAUUCAAGUUUUUUGCCCAGUUUUUAAGGAUGUUGUUUGUUUUUGUUGUUUGGUGGUAGAAGUUGUCUAUAUAUUCUAGAUAUUAACCUCUUAUCAGAUAUAUGAUUUGAAAAUAUUUUCUCCCAUUCCACUGGUUUUCUUUUCACUCUGCUUUUUUUUUAAGUUUAUUUAUUUACUUAGAGAGAGAGAGAGAGAGAGAGAGAGAGAGAGAACAAGCAGAGCAGGGGCAGAGAGAAAAGAGAGAAAGAAUCUCAAGCAGGUUCUGCCCUGUCAUCACAGAGCCCAGGGUGGGGCUCGAAUUCAUGAACCGUGAUAUCACAACCUGAGCUGAAACCAAGAGUUGGAUGCAUAACUGACUGAGCCUCUAGGGCACCCCCACUCUUCACUCUGUUGAUUGACUCCUUUGAUUCCCUGAAAAAUUUUAGUUUAAUUUUUGUAUAUUUUCCUUUCACUGACUGUGCUUAUGGUGUUAUAUCCAAGAAAUCAUGGCCAAAUCCAAUUUCCCCAUGUUUUCUUCUAGUUGAAUAGUUUUAUGUCUUAUAUUAGGUUAUGGAGUUAAUUUUUUUUAUAUGUUGUUAGACUAUGUUUAUUUGAAAACACUUUUUACUGUAAAAUCCAACAGAUAUGAUAAACCACAUUAAACAAGUAUAUAGUUAAUGAAUUAAGAUACUGUGAAGACCCGUAUCAACCGCCAUUCUGGUUAAGAAAUGCAACUUUGCCAAGUUACCCAUGUGCCCAUCCUUGUGUCACAAUUAAAUCACUACUCUCCCCUCUUUCCAAGUGGAACCACUGUCCUGAAUUUUAGUUAUAGCUUCACUGCAUUUCUAUAUAAUAUUAUCACCCAACUGUGAAUCCCUAGAAACUCUAAUGUAUUCUUUCACAACUUGAAACAUGGCAGUGUUCUGAAUCAAUCUCCAAGUACGCUUCAUACUUUUUUUUUUUUUCCUUUGGCCACUGGGCUCUCCUACAAGUACACUUUAUUUCUAAUUUAUCUGUGGAAGAAUCUCAGCCUGUACGGUUUCCUACAGUCUAGAUUUUGCUGACUGCGCACUUCUUGGCAGUUUACCAUGUUCCUCUGUCUUCUGUGUUUCCUGGGGAUUAUCAGUUGGAAUCCAGAGGUUUGACCAGACUUAGGUUCAAUCUGUUUAGCAAGAAUAUAUCUGGCGGGGCUUUAUUUCAUCAGGAAACACGUAUUUGUCACUACAUGUUAGGUUAAAAGCCAUCGAGGCUGAAAAUACAGAUUUAUUAAUUCAAUGGAGAUUGCAAAAUGAUAUUUUAAUUGGAUUAUUUCUUUUAUACAUUACCUUGAAAGUAUUAUACAAGAUGGUUACCUUCAUUUUUAGUAUUUAUUUCCUUGUAUUCAUUUCCUCUUUUCAAGAUAACGAAUUGAUUCCCUGUUAUCUUCAGGAUGUAAUCAACCGAUUAAUUAAAAAAAACAUAUCAGUACACAUUUGAGAAUUAAAGCCUAUUUUAUUGCUUAAUUUCUCUUUUUUUAAAGCAUUUUUUGUUUAUUUAUUUUAUUUGAGAGAGUGCAAGGGAACAGGGGCGGGGCAGAGAGACAAGGAGAGAGAGAAUCCCUAUGUGGGGCUUGACCCCACAAGUGAUGUGAUUAUCACCUGAGCCAAAAUCAAGAGUUGGACACUCAACUGACUGAGCCAUCCAGGUGCCCCAUGUUGAUUAAUUUCGUGUUAAAGUAGUUCAGUAUUCCCUCUUUGGGCCAGUGGAAGCUCCUUGCAGUCCUAUUGAUAUGACUCUUGGUAUGAUAUUCUUUGCAACCUGAUAUGUCAAUAUUUUCCAGGCUCAUUUUACACAUUUUAUGAAAGGGAUCUUGGAUUAGCCAUUAAUCCCAGAUCCCUGGUUUUCCUUUAAUAUUUGAUUUAUUUUAAUGGUGGUGAUAUUUCAAUACCACAAUCUGAGCAGUAGGGUUAUUCAGCGGGCAAAACUAGGAAUUUUUACGAAUACCUAUUUUAAAAGAAAAAAUAAUUCUUGAUAUCCUUGAUAGUAAUUGCAGUUUGUUAUUUCCAUCUCAAAUUCAAGACCAUAGGGUUUUUACUUGAUCUCUUUAGUAUCACUUCCCUUUUUUUCCACACUGACAACCCAAGAAUCUAGGCACUUGGGGAAACAUAUAUAUAAGAGAAUAAAGACAUCCCAUAAUUUUUUUUAAUGUUUAUUUUGAGAGAGAGAGAAAAGGAGUUUUAGCGGAGAAGGGGCAGAGUUAGGGAGAGAGAGAAUCCCAAGCAAGCUCAGUGCUGUCAGCACAAAGCCCUACAUAGGGCUUGAACUCUUGAACUGUGAUAUCAUGACCUGAAUGGAAAUCAGGAGUCUGGUGCCUAACCAACUGAGCCAUCCAGACACCCCUGUCCCACAAUUUCUUACUUGUUUUUACUCACCUUACAAAUUUAGUGGUCUUAGAAUAACAAUAUGAACAUCACCAACACUAAUUUUGAUGACUAAAAACAGUUAAAUUUUUUUUUCUCUCUGAUCUUUCUUUUCUUCCUUACUUGAUCUGCUUUCACCUUUUGGUGCUAUUAGACUACAAUGCCCUUACUACUACACCCGCCCCUUUUUAACCAUAAUUGAACACUGACUCUACAAUAACAAUAUAUUUAAUAAUGUUAAGCAGUAUUUAGGUUGUCUCACUAUUAAUUUUGAUUACAUGAAGCUCAUUCUCUACUAGAUUUCUUACGAAACACUCUUGGUACAAUACACUGAUUUAUUAUAUGUUGAAUAAUUCCAGAUAUUAAAUUAUUUAGUCACAUUAUUUCUAUUAAGUAUGUUAUAUAUGUAUUAUAUUUUCUCCUGACAUGAAUAAUGAUAAUUAAGUUCUCAUGAUAGUCUAAUUAUUUCCUUCAUAAGCCAAAUGACUUUUUGCCUGAAGAUAUAAUUUCUUUCCUUUGUUCUUUUCAGUAUAGUAACUUACAAGAAUAUAUCUUGCUGUUGGCUAUUCUGGUUCAAUAUUCUCAGGUACACAAAAGCAGUCUCUAAUUAUGUAUUUUCAAGGUUUUGUUUUAAUUUUAGGAAAGUUUCUUCAAUUAUAGUUUUUAAUAUUUUUCUCUUGUUUUAAUUUUUUUAAUAACUGCAAUUGUCCAACUUGUCAUUUCUUUGCCUAUCUUUAAAUUUGUCACUUUCCCUUGAAUAUCAUUUAUCUCUUUUAUUUUUAAAGAAUGUUUUAUUUAUUUUUUUCUUGAGAGAGAGCGAGAGAGCGGGAGAGAGUGUGAGAGACAGAGGCAGAGAGAGAAUCUCAAGCAAGCUCCACACUAUCAGCACAGAGUUCAACACGGGGCUUGAUCUCACAAACCCUGAGAUCAUGAACUGAGCUGAAAUCAAGAGUCGGAUGCUUAACUAACUGAGCCACCCAGACGACCCCUUCUUUUCUUUUUAAUAUUUAAUUUUUUCCUUUUCCACAUUGCAUUUCUUGAUCUAAAUGGUUAGUUGUGUUUAUUUCUUUCUGUUUCUUCUAUUUUAGUUUUCUUGUCUAUGUUGUAUAUUUUGUAUGAGACUUGGACUUUGAUACUUUUCUUCUUCACCAUUUUUUUUUAAUUUGGUUUUUUGAACUUGUAGAAAGAGACAGUUCAGAUAUUUUCUUCUAAUAUCAAUAGUUCCUGCUUCAGUUUUUAUGAAGUGUUAAAAAGUAGAGUGUCUUGCUUUCAGAUAUUUUCUGAUUCAGUAGUAACUUCCACUGGCCCCAGAUGGGAAGUAUGGAACUCUUUUAUUAUUUUUCAAGAUUGUUUUGUCUAUUUGGAGCCCCAUGCAAUUCCAUACAAAUUGAAAGAUUGGCUUUUCCACUUAUGUGGAAAAGACUGUUGGAAUUUUGAUAGGAAUUGCAUUAAAUCUAUAGAUUACUUUGGGUUGUAUUGACAUCUUAACAAUGUUAAGUCUACCUAUCCAUGAGCAUGUUAUGUCUUUCUAUUUUUUUAAUGUAUUUUAAAGUUUCUUUCAGCACUGUUUUAUAGUUUUCAACAUGCAAGCUUCUCACCUCCUUGGUUAGAGUUAUUCCUAAGUAUGUAAGUCUUUUCAUUGCUAUUAUAAACAGAAUUACUUUCCUAAUUUCCUUUGUAAUUGCUAAUGAACAGCUAUAUGUUGGUCUAGUACUCUGCAACUUUGCUGAAUUAUUUUAUUAACUCUGGUAUCUUUCUUGUGGGUUUACUGGGUUUUCUAUAUCUCUGAUCAUGUCAAUUGCAGGAGUGCCUGGGUGGCUUAGUCAGUUGAGUGUCUGACUCUUGAUUUCAGCUCAGGUCAUGAUCUCACGGUUUGUGAGUUUGAGCCCCACAUCAGGCUCUGCACUGACAGUGUGGGUCCUGCUUUGGGUUCUCUCCCUCUGUCUCUCUCUUUCUUUCUCUCCAUUGCUUGCUCUCUCUCAGUCUCAAAAUAAACAUUUUUAAAAAGACCAUGUAAAUUGCAAAUCAAGAUAGCUUUGUCUCUUCCUUUCCAAUUUGGAUUGGCUUUUCUUUUCUUAUCUGGUAGCUCUACCUAGAACUUCCAGUGUAGUGUCAAGUAAUAGAGGUGAAGCAGGAUCCUUGUCUUGUCCUUGACCUAUUUAUGUUUUAUUUGUAAUGCCUAACUGGCAUAAUACAUUGAUGUUAAUGUUGUUUGUGGUUUGUCUUAGUCUGCUAUAAAAAAACAAACAAACAAAACCAAACUGUAGACUGAGUAGCUAAAAGACAAACAUGUAUUUCUCAGUAUUCUGGAGUCAGAAAAUCCCAAGAUCAAGGUUCAGCAGAUUUGCUGUUUGGUGAGGGACUGCUUCCUGGUUCACAGACAGCCAUCUCCUUGUUGUGUCCUCACUGGCAAAAGGGGCAAAGGAGCUGUCUGAAGUCUCUUUUAUAAGGGCACCAUCCCACUUAUGAGGGAUCUACUUUCAUGACAUAAUCAGCUCCCCAGAGGUCACUUCCUAAUACAAUCACUUUGAUCAUUAAAUUUUCAGCAUGUAAAUUUUGGGGGAACAGAAACAUUCAGUCUAUAACAGGGUUUAAAGAAAUAUUUGUACAUACCAUUAAGAGAGAUUUAUGCCUACUAUGUAAAUUCAGUUUAGUGUUACUGGGACUAUGGCAAAAGUCUACACUUCUUUAGGAGGGUGUAAAGAAAGGGAAAUUGAUCAAUCCUAUCUGUCAGGGAUCACAAAAAGCAUCAUAGAAGUGACUGCCUUGAAUAUUCAAAGCAGGAAAAGUGUUUGAUAAGCAGGUAUAAGCAGAGAGAACUUGAGAAGCUUUUUCUAGGAAAAGAGAUACAACAAAAGCUCCAGAGGGCUUAUACGGCUUGUUGCUAUAGGAUAACUUUCAGUAGUUGAAGUUGACCUGGAUUGUAGGAUCAAAGGAGAGACUCUGUGAAGAUGACUAGAAACAUACAAUGUGCUACGGAAAAAUUUGGAUUUUAUCUUGGAGGAAAUGGGAAAAAUAUAAAGAUGUUUGAGAUUGUCCAAUCUGCAUAGAAUUGAGAUGAUACUCCACAGAUGUUAGUUGACUGAUUAUAAUAUUGUGUGGUGGAAACCUGUGGGGAAACUAAGCACACUUUGCUGUCAACUGAGUGCAUGAUGUUUUUGUAAUCUCACAAGCCAAAGGCCAAAAAAUGCCAAAAGAAAUUAUUGUAUGCAAAAAACACUACCUUUCUUUCAUUUAGUGAGUAAAAUAAAAUGAAGAUUAAAGACAGACCUAGUACGAUGCAGUUGACAGCUCUUUAAAGUAGGAAAAGACCUACAGCCAUUGAAUCUUGGAGGAGAUGGUAUUAGUUUUAUUCCUUCUUCAUGUUGUGCAUCUGAUAUGUUCUCCUUCCAUACUGAACAAUGGUGACCCAAGGGACUUGCAAAAUUGUGAAAGUUGGAGAUCUUUAGAAACCUAGGGCUGAAUCUAAGGAACUGCAAAGUGAAAUAAAUUUGGGGGGCAUUUUCUCCUUGUCUUCACCCCUCUCUCUAGCUCUUCAGAUGCUUUUAACAUUUGACUACUGUCAGAGAUCUAAAGUCCCGCUAUAACCUCACUACAUAGAUCUGGGUCUUCUUGGAGGAUCCCAUAUUCUUAAGUUACCUCUUUUCUUUGAUGUCAGCAAUAAUAAAAUAAUACUAGUAAUAUUACACAGGUAAUAUUUCUUGAUUGCUUACUAUGUGUUAGGCAAACUGUGUGAUCAAAGUAAUUCAGUCAUUACAUCAGAUACCUCUGUUCAUCUUUCCAAAUAUGAGAAAAAACCAUGUCAUGACAAUAGCAGGUAAUAUUUCUUGAUUGCUUACUAUGUGUUAGGCAAACUGCCAUGAUCAAAGUAAUUCAGUCAUUACAUCAGAUGCCUCUGCUCAUUUUUCAAAAUAUGAGAAAAAACCACAUCAGCUACAUGAUAUCUGGGUUUUGAAAGAUUCCAAACACCUUCUGCAUACUUCUUGGCAUACUUUGAUUAUAUCUCCUAACUGCUUCUGAUUAGGGCCUUCAUGUUCAUACAGGUACAGCAAAUAUUUAGCCUGAUAACAUUAUUUCUGUUUCUUCCCAGUCCCCUUCUGUGAGUGUGUGUGUGUGCAUGCAUAUGUGCAUGGGGUGGGGGUGGAGUAGGAGAGACAUGUGAUGUGAAGGCAGAAACUUUAUCUUAACUUUAACUCUAUUCUCCUCUCAGUCUUUGUCAUCAAUGACCACUCCUGAUUUUAGUUUUCAAACUUCAUUGUUGUCGGUGAACUUGAGAUUUCCCCCUUCCCAAUAUUUGUAAGCAUUAAUUAAUCACUUAACUUGUUUAUACAUUAAUUUAUUAAAAAUAUGUAUUUAGCAAUUGAAUGUGAUCAAAGAAUUACAUAAUUAGGGUAGGUCUGUUAGUACCAGUUUCUCCAGGAAAGUUCCAGUUUAAAUGCAUUAUUAAUAGUGAAAGCACUUUUUAUAGUGUUGUAGUUUGAAAAACAAAUAAUAUUCCUAAAUUACUCCUGGGGGAUUCAGGGAAACUGCAAUGUAAAUGAAAAAAAAUAAAAAUUGUAGUAAUAAAGUUUAGGAGAGACUUUGAAGUUAAUACUUAUGCUUUCAAGAGGUCCAGUAUAUACUUAAAUUAGACUCCUGAUUGAAUUUAAUUCUAUCACUAAAAUUUACUUUCUUUAAGUCCCAAUCUCUGGGAAUGAGCUUGAGAAUUGUGGAUUUAUUGAUUUAUGACUGUUCUUUUAAUUCCUAGGGCCUAACAGAUCAUACAGAAAAUCUCCAGUGCCUUACAUCUCUAAAGAACAUUGAAAUGAUCAGCUUUAUGGACAGGAGCUUCUCAGGCUAUCUUAGGUUGCAGCAAGCGUAAGUCCAAUAUUUGUGCUUGUGGUUGCCUGCCACACUAGGCUACUUGGUGUAGAUUGAUUUUAAAGAUUUACCAAUUAACCAUUAGAAUAAAGUCACUAUACAAUCUCUUUAAAAAGUGUUUCCUGAGAUACUUAUACCGAGCCUUGUUGUACUUCUGACUAUUAAAGUUCCAACUUGAUGAAUAAUGUCAUGUGGAAAAGUCCCCACACCCCUUAUCUUUUAGCUCAAAUUUUGGUCCAGCACAACAAGCAACAGAGUUAGUAAUCCAUGCUAAUUUCAUGAGCCAGGAUCUUGAUGAAAUAUUAGCUAGUUUUUUUUUUUUAAAACCUCUUCUUACAAAAUGCUGCAACCAACCAAUCACAAAAUUGGAUUUUGUGGCUUAUUAAGAAUUCUCAUCUAGGCUCUGACUCACACCUAUGGUGCUUUAGGAAGAUGACAGCAUCACAGGGUGAAGAAACACUGUGGGAGCUGCUUAAUAAUAAUUAAGGCUUGAACUAAUGUUUUGCAGUAUCUGUCUCAGAAUCUCUUUUUCUCAGCACUGUGGAGACUGGAGAAAGGGAUAUUAUGGGGUUCAAAGCUCUCUGUUUGGGUCUGUUUUGUGCUCUCUGUGCUUCUUACAUUUAUAUCACCAUUCCAGGCAACAUUGAAGAAUACUGGAAAGUAAUAGCCUUAUUUACAGUUGCUAAAACCUGCACAUUUAUGGAUAUGUGUUUUGAAAACUUAGGUAUUAUGAAACAUGGGGACUUAAUUUCCAUGAUAUUCAGUCUGGACUAUACACAGCCACUCUCAGAUGAAAAUGUCACAGUGACCGGUACAACAUUUGUUGAUACUCCAGUACGUUUGUACUUGCCAAAUAGAAAGUCAGAAAUCCGAAGACCAGCUGUCAUCUAUAUUCAUGGUGGUGGUUUUUGCUUUGGAAGUUUCAAGCAGAAGGUUUAUGACUCCUUGAAUAGAUAGACUGCAAACAAAAUCAAUGCUGUUGUUGUGGGAUUGGACUAUAGACUAGCUCCUCAACACUAUUUUCCUGCUCAGUUUGAAGACAGUUUCACUGCAGUCAAAUUUUUUCUUCAAGAUAAAAUUCUUAGAAAAUAUGGAGUGGAUCCCACCCGAAUCUGUGCUUCAGGAGACAGUUCUGGGGGCAAUUUGGCAGCAGCUGUGACUCAACAGGUGAAGAUUGAUCUUGAAAUAAAGCAUAAAAUCAAGCUUCAAGCUUUAAUUUACCCUGUCUUACAGAUAAUAGAUUCUUGUUUGCCAUCUCACCAAGAAAAUGAGCAUAGUAUAAUUCUAGCAAAGGACUUGGGCAUAAAACUCAUUAGCUCAUAUUUAACCACUGAUGAAACAGUUACUCAAGCAAUGAGAAGAAACCAACAUAUGCCUCUGGAAUCAAGACACCUGUUUAAGUUUGUUAACUGGAGUACUCUUUUACCCAAGAAGUAUAGAAAAAACCAUGUUUAUACCGAACCAGUUCUUGGAAGACAUAAUUAUUCAUUGCCAGCACUUACGGAUAUCAGAGCAUCUCCCUUGUUAGCCAAUGAUUCUCAGUUACAGAAUUUGCCAUCAACCUAUAUUCUUACCUGUCAGUAUGAUUGUGUAGGGGAUGAUGGACUUAUGUAUGUCACAAGACUUCAGAAUGUUGGAGUUCAAGUUACUCAUGACCAUAUUGAGAAUGGGUUCCAUGGAGCUUUAUCGUUCAUGGUGUCACCAGUGUACUUACGUCUAGGUCUCAGGAUAAAAGACAUGUAUAUUAGUUGGCUGGAUAAGAAUUUAUAAAUGUAAUAUAUAUAAAAUAUAUAGGGCCACCAGUUAAUGGGUUGUAAUUUGUGAUAUACAAAUUAUCACAGGUGUGGUACAAAGAACAAUGUCAUUUGUGUUAUCUGAAUGGAGAUUAAAAUCAGUUAUAAAAGUGACUGUAUGUCCUUGAGCUAGUUAAUUUUUCUUAUUCCUAGAACUGCAUGUGUAAAAUGUAUAUAAUCCUUUUAUUUAUAGUUUAUGAUAAUUAUGUUUGUCCUAAUACAAACCAACACCUAUUCAAGUUGAGAAUAAGAAUGUUACUGACAGUUUAGAGAAGAUGGCAGAGAAAUUAUAAUAGUGAGUGGGCAAAGGAAAAAUAAAGGGAAAAAGUUACAAGGUAAUUGGAUUAGUUUCCUGUGACUGCUGUAAUGUUUUACUACAAAUUUGGUGGCUUAAAACAACAGAAAUGUUUUCUCUCAGAGGGUCACCAAAUCAGGGUGCUGGCAAGAGCCACACUCCCUCUGGAGGCUCUAGAUGGAGCUCUUUGUCUCCUUCAUCCGAUGGCUGUCAUUAUUCCUUGGGGUAGCCAGAUCACAUUAUCUUCAAGGUUAGCAUCUUCAAAUUUUUCUCGGCUCCAUCUUCACUGGCCUUCAUCUGUGCCUCCCUUUUAGAAAGGUACAUGUGUUUCCACCGAAGUGAUCCAACAUCCUCUCCCCAUCUCAAAAUCCUUAAUUGCAUUUGCAAAUACCUGCCUUUUUUUUCCCAUGUAAGGUGACAUUCCCACGGAGUAGGAUUUAGAUUUUUUUCUGGAAGGCCUUUUUUUUUUUUCACAUUUUUAGUCAAAUGUUUUAAAAAGGCAACAGAUCAACAUUAUAAUUUGUUAAAGUUCAAUCACAUCUAAAUAUUCACUCAACGAGGGGAAGAGUUAAGAUGGUGGAGUAUUAGGGGUACCCUGGGCUUGCGUCCUUCCUCAAACAUAGCUAGAUCACAUCAAAUCAUUCUGAAUACCUAGGAAAUUGAUCUGAGGAUUAAGAGAACCAUCUGCAUAAUUUGAAGGAGAGAAUGUGGCAGGUUAAGAGGUGUGGAGACGUGCAUUAAGGGAGAGAAAAGCUGCAGUGCCACAGGAGUAGGAAGACCUUUUUACAGAAAGGAGAGGGAAACGGUGAGAGAGCAUGGCACUGGGUUUGCACAAGAAAAGGAUUUUCUGAGAAUCAUUGGGGAAUUGGGAGGAAAUGAUUAUUGCAAUAUUUGCAAACAGUGGAGCUGAAAUUCCGAGGUUUUGGAAUUCUCUACCAUUCGUGGGAGUCAAUCUGGGAGGGCAACAGUGCUCCUGGGGAAAGGAGGGUGGAAGGUCAGCAGUGGACAACGGAUAGUGGGUUGUGGGGAGUCCCUGGAUCACAGUGGGAGAGAAAGUUUCUCUUCCCUGCUGUGCAUUUGGAAGAUGGUAUAUUUCCUCUCCACGGACAAAAGACCUGGCUGGUGCCUUUGAGCAACGAUUCAACAGCAGGGGACAGAAGUGUGUGCAUAGGGCAGAUAACCUGGUUCCAGCUUUUGGCUAUGCUUCACCAUAAACUCCAGGCACCUGUACAUCUGUGCAGCCUAUUUUCAUGGACAUAACAGGACCAGGCACAGCACUGUGAGGAUCUCCUCUGGAGGGGUGUACAAGCCUCUGGCUCACCUUGUCCUUUAAGAUUAGUAAUUUUGAAUACGAGCCAUGCACCAGAGAUAAAACACAGGAGAGCUGUGACACUGGGCAUGUUGACAACCUAGGCACAAAUGGGUUGAAGGCAGGGAUCUGAUUGAAGUGUAGGACAUAGGAAGGGAGAUGGUUUGCUUCUCUGUGAAGUCUAACUGAACAGAGGUGGGCAGCAGCUCCCCUAGCCAGGAAAGGAGAGUGAUGCCAUCUUCCCCCACCCAGUACCUGGUGGGACUUCACCAACCAAAACAGUGCCGCCAGUGGAGGCUGGAACUACUUAAAACAAACCUCACCCUGCUGUUCCCUACAGGUGCAUCUGUACUAGCACAGGUCUGACAGAAAAGAAUUUCAGAAAAGAAUUCUGAAAGCAGCUGGGGACAAAAUGUCCUUAAGCUAUAAGAGUAGGCACAUAAGGUUAGCAGCAGACCUGUCCACAGAAACCUGGCAGGCCAUAAGGGAGUAGCAUGAUACAUAUAAUGUGCUCAAUGGGAAAAAUAUGCAGUCAAGAAUUCUACCCAGCAAGCCUGUUAUUCAGAAUAGAAGGAGAGAUAGAGUUUCCAAGACAAGCAAAAACUAAAGGACUUUAUGAACACUAAACCAGCUCUGCAAGAAUUAUUAAAGGGGACCGUUGAGUGGGAAAGAUACCAAAAGAAACAAGAAAGAAACAGAGACCAUCUACAGGAACAGUGACUUUACAGGUGGUACAAGGGCACUAAAUUCAUAUCUAUCAAUAAUUACUCUGAAUGUAAAUGGACUAAAUCCUCCAUUUAAAAGACAUAGGGCAUCAGAAUGGAUAAAAAAUCAUGACCCACAGUUAUGCUACUUACAAGAGACUCAUUUUAGACCCAAAGACACCUCCAGAUUGAAGGUCAGGGUGGAACACCAUUUAUCAGGCUAGUGGACAUCAAAAGACAGCUGCAGUAGCCAUACUAAUAUCAAAUGAGAUUUUAAACCAAAGACUAUAAUAUGAGAUGAAGAAGGCUACAAUAUAUAAUUAAGGGAUCUAUCCAGCAAGAAGAUAUAACAAUUGUAAAUAUUUAUGCCCCUAACUUGAGAGCAGCCAAGCGUGUACAUGAAUUAAUAACAAACUUACAGCAAUGGACAAUCAUCUAAGCAGAUGAUCAACAAGGAAACAAGGGCUUUGAAUGAUAACCUGGACCAGAUGGACUUGACAGAUAUAUUCAGAGCAUUUCAUGUACAUAUGUACAUACACACACAUAUACAUAAAUAAGUAUUUCCUUUUGGUAUGAAAAUAGUUAUACAUUAUCUGAAGACCUUUCCUCUAGAAGUUAUUUGGUCCUGUUUUCAUUAAUGUGUAAAAAAUUCCUUUUUGUCUUUAAAGACUAAUAAUUUUUACUAAACUAUGAAUCAGUGUUGAUAUUUCUGGUUUGAUUUUUUCCCCAGGUAUGCCAUUUACCUCAUUAAUAUCUAAGUUCAAGUAAUUCUUUACAAACUUUCAGUGACAUCUUGAAUAAUAAUUUUUAGUAAUUGUUCCAUUUCCUUGUUUUGUUUUUCUUCUCUGGGAAAUUUUAUCAUAUCUAUGUUAGAUACUCUUUCCCUCUGUUCAUUAUUUGUAGAUUUUAAAAUCAUUUUAAUCUUGUUCUUAAUCUCUACUUUGCACUCACUUUUUUUUUACAUUUGAGGUAUAGGCCUAUAUGUUUUGACAAAGGCAUAGUAUCAUGUAAAUUUUUCUACAGCAAAGACACAGAACAGCUCUGUUCUGUGUUUCCUCCUGUUUCCCAUAGCCCCUGCCAACUACUGUUCUGUUUUCUGUCUCUGUGAGUUUACCUUUCCUGGAUUAUCAUAUAAAUGGAAUCAUAUGGGAGCCAUUAAGUUCCUUUUUACUUUAAACUUUUUCCUAAUUUAAGGCUGUUUUUCCCUCUGACAUUUUCUGUAUUUAUUUUCCUUUGUGUUGAUUCUGGUCUAAUCUUCAUUUUUGAAACAGUGUUUUGUUUUCUGAAUUAUUUCUUGGGUGUUAUUAAUUAAUUUUUGAGUUUCGAUAAUUCUGGAUUAUGUUUCUCUUUCACAUUGUAGAUCAUUGUGUUAAUAACUUCAGAUAAUUAUAAAACAUUAGGAUAUAGUUUUCCUUUGCUUUGUGGGCAAGUUUUUCUGUUUAUGCUCUCAUUGCCUGUAUAGAGUUUAUUCUGCUUCUUAUUAUGUUUGCUCUUACAAAUUGCUCUUAUUAAUUCUGAGUGAUAUAUAACUACAAUCAUUUUCUGAUGCUCAUUUUUACAUGAAACUAAUUAUCUUAACUUCUAGAAGGUAUGGGGAAGGCAUGGUUUUACAGAUUUUCUCACUUUAUGACUCUUGAGCUCCCUCUUUUGUUAUUAUUGUGAAAUACUACGUUUUGUUC